CUUAUUUUUAAGUAACAUAAGUUCAGCAGUACGAUCCGCAGCCGGCAAAGCGCCUACUAGUAGCGUAUGCAAUCCGUCAGACGAAGGCGAGAGCUAUCACCACAGUAAUCAUCUCGGAUCGACACACGGGGUUCUUGGCAAGACUCGAUGCCUCCAAUACGGGAUAAAUUCGCCAUCCACUCCAAAGCAGUGGUCUGCCAAGACGUGGACCUCAAAGGCGAUAUUACUAUCGGCCCCGGCACGGUCGUUCACCCGAAGGCAGCCAUCUUCGCACUCGUCGGGCCCAUCGUUAUCGGCGCUGGUUGCAUCAUCGAGGAAGCGGUCAUUAUCGUCAACCGCCGCAAGGAUAUUAUGCGGAUAGGCGAUAACAACCUCUUUGAGAUAGGCUGUCGUGUGGAGUGCCCGUCUAUUGGCGACUUCAACACGAUUUCGACCCGGGCGCGGGUACAUAACACAGUUCGGAUGACCAAUCACUGCAUAGUUGGAGCCCAAUGUCUGGUCGUACCAGCCGAAGACGAAACGCUUGGGGAAUAUACCUGUAUAUACGGCCCAGCUGCCGACCGCCGGAUAUGGAGUGGAAGAGGGCAAGUUCAAGAAGCGGAUCUGCGCACGAAACAUGCAGAGUACCUCCGCGAGAUGUUGCCCAAGUUCAACCGAUUGCGUCGAAGCGAUGGUACAUGAAUGCUUCGUCCGCAUGGGUCCAAGUAUCCCUCUCGAAACAGCUAUGAUGGAGAUUUCAAUGUAUCAUUUCAAUGUACCGGCUGGUACCAUGGCACCGCGCUGCGAGGGCGUGCGAUUGAUCCGCUUCAUGUGCGUC